AUGAUCCCGAAUGCCGUUGCGUCUCAUGAGGGAUGGGACGGAAGUUUUCCAGCACCUAAAGGAGGGGUGGUCACUUUUUCCUGUGAGAACUCGAACGGAUUCACGGAUGGAGCAUCUGUCCACACUGCGAAGUGCGCCGCCCUGGAGCCGGAUUCCUGGUGCAUCUCUUUCCAGGAGGGAACAGUCUAUUAACCCCCUGAGUGCAAGAUAACCGAAAUGGGUGCCGAAUACAGAGGAAGGAAGAACGUGACGAUCACGGGCAAACCAUGCCUUCCCUGGGCAGACAACCCAAAUGGAUUGGAUCUCACUUCGUUCCCCGCUUCCAUCGAUCUCGACGCCCAUCGCAACUUCUUUCGCAAUCUAGACUUUGAGUGGAGCAAAUCUCAUUGCCAGUUUGGUCACUGGUGUUAUGUCGAUGAUGGAGGAAAUACAACUUGGGAAUACUGCGAUAUCCGCUUCUGCGAGAGCCGAGUUGAUUUUGAAGCCAAGGGGAACAAGUAUCCAGAAUGCCGAUUGUCGGAGAAGGGGAUCGAGUACGUGGGAAGCCAGAACACAACCGAGAUUGGGCAUGAUUGCCUGAAAUUGGGAGCGGGAUAUCGAUAUUAUCGGGAACAUUAUGACAGGCCGUGGUGCUUUGUCUCCGACCCCAAGACAGUGUGGGAGUACUGCGAGAUCCCUUUCUGCCACGACCCCCACCCACCGGAAUGCAAGCUGAGCCGUCACGGAAUGGAAUACAUGGGGAAGCUGGACGUGACGAUAUCUGGCUACCCCUGCAAGUCUUGGCUGAGGAUGGUAGGACCCAAUCAAGUUUAUCACGCAUUGGUUCAAUUCGUAUUUUCAGACGAGUGUGAUAGCAGCCACCGGUUCUGCCGCAAUUAUGAUGAAAAUCGCCACGGCCUAUGGUGCUAUUCUGACUCUGACAACGGACCUGAAUGGGAGUAUUGCGAUGUUCCCUUCUGCUCCUCAGCAAAUGGGAGACCGUGUGACAUUAAAAUAGCAGGAAAAUGCGUCAGUGAGUAUUUCUCUUAA